CAAAAUUUUUUGUCAAAAUUACCAAGUUCUCUUUUACAACUUUGAAAAACGUUCAUUUCUGUUUACCACAAGUAUAAAAGCAUCAUUCAAGCACCGUUUUACACAAUAAUAUAAUAUCCUUACGAAUAUAAUCUCGCUGCAAGCCGGGGAACAUGAAUUAAUUUGCAGCCGUUUGUAAUGCAAUGCCUUCUCCAGUCAACAGCGUACAUCAUCAGACAGCACACCAGUCUCACCCCUCUCAGGCCAUAGAUAACUCCAAGGAUCGAAAGACUGUCCUUGAGAGCCAUGGCUACUUUCUCGGCAAAACCAUCGGCUCAGGCUCCUAUGCCACGGUCAGGAUGGCGCACAGCGAAUUACACGGAGGAAAUGUAGCCAUUAAGAUCGUCAGCAAAUACACGGCACCCGAGGAUUAUUUGAAGAAGUUUCUACCGAGGGAAAUCGAGGUGGUCAAAGGAUUGAAACAUCCUAAUUUAAUUAGAUUCCUUCAGGCUAUUGAAACUACUCAUAGAGUUUACAUUGUGAUGGAAUAUGCUGAUAAUGGCAGUUUACUGGACAUUAUUCGGAAGGAAUCUUACAUUCCCGAGGGUAGGGCACGACGCUGGUUCCGACAGUUGGUGGAAGCCAUCGAGUAUUGCCAUGACCGAGGAGUGGUUCAUAGAGAUAUCAAGUGCGAGAACCUCCUCAUGGACGGUAAUAUGAACAUCAAAGUAUCGGAUUUUGGCUUCGCGCGCUCCUACGUCAAGCAGCAGAAUGGCCAUCAAGUGCUCAGCGAGACCUUUUGCGGCAGUUAUGCGUACGCGUCGCCGGAGAUCUUGAGAGGCAUUCCCUAUCAACCGCAAUAUUCGGAUAUAUGGUCAAUGGUUGUUCUUUACGCGAUGAUCUUUGGUCGACUGCCUUUCGACGACACAAAUUACACUUUACUGCUGAAGCAAGUGUCGAACAAGGUGACCUUUCCCAAAGACCCAAAAGCGUCGACGGCGUGUAAGACCCUCAUCAAUAAGAUUCUCGCGCCGCUAAAAACGCGCGCCCGCAUCUCAACUAUCAAGAGCGACCCGUGGUACAACUAUUCGGGCGAGAAGCCAGGCAGCAGCCGCGAACAGAGUUCGGAGUCGGAACAAUCGCAGGGCAAACUCGCGACGAUCUCCAGCAAGGAGGAAGCAGUUGCCCAACUUGUGACCAAAGAACAGCUUCGUGCGAAGGCUAAAAAACGUGAUAAGAAUGUGUACAGCACGGAUGAGGAGACACCGAUUGGGCAGCAGUUGCCGGAUUCAUCUGAUGAAACCACCACGAGGAAUCGAAAAUAACACAAAUCGCGAUAAUAAACAAUAAAACUUGAUUUUAUGCUGGAAAA